AUGUCACAAUUAUCAGGAAAUCAACGAAUACUACGUAAUCCAUUAUUGACUAAUCCGACUAAAUGGCUCAAUGAUGUACCAAAGAAACAUCAUAGCAACCUCAUGCAAAAUGGUUUCUACAAUCGCAGUGAGUUAAGUAGUAAUCCCUAUGUCCAGUCAUUAACCAAAGUUGACGCAAAUUCAAGCACUGCAGUGCUACCUGUGGGAAAUGCCAUUCGUCUAACUGCUGUUGUAAAUGCCGCCAGUGCCACUACGAAUAAAAGGUCCGAUAUAACGCUACAUCCUAUUUUGCACCUCAUCGAUGAUACAAGCAAUGAGCCUGGUCGAUUAAUCAGCAACAACAAAGCAUACAUUCAUUCUAUUCAGGACAGUACGAAACUAGCACAAACCUAUCGGCCAAUGAGAAUGGACAAACUGGAAUUACCGCUGAAAUACAAGGUUGACUUUGUUGACAAUAUAAGUGAUGAAAUAGAGACGUUGUACAGGGAUAAAAUCGAGACGUUGCUAAGAAAUAUUAGGCAAACACAACAGGGACUGAGAGAUGGUGGUGGUAUUGAACUAACAGACAUGGAGGGAGCCAGCCGAUGGGAAAAUGGUAGACUUGAAGUCAACAAGUCCUUAAUUGGAGUGACUGACGACACAUUUGUCUCAUUCAGGGACCAUCCAGAGCUUUCUCGUCUCAUUAUAGCAUACUGUGAUUAUAAAAGCUAA